AUGUGUGACUUUGUCAAAAACUAUUAUAUCUACUCAUCCUGCAUGGACCCUGGAACACAUUUUUGCAGAAUUUCCAUCGAUGGGAGCCCAAAGUAUUCAUGUUCAAAAGGACCCCAUGAGCGCUAUAUUAUACUGCCCGAGAGCUGUCCGUUAUGUGGCAGUUGA